AUGGCUGACAGAGACCGCUUAUUGCAAGCUUUCGAACAGCCUCGGCGUCUUCCGGGAAAUCAACACCCUGCCUUACCUGGCCAGUCAGCCCAGCCCGCCCAUCCCGGCCAGUUAGUCCAGCCCGCCCGGCCAGGCGAGGCCUCCCAGCCCGGUCAGUCAGCCCAGCCCGGACAAGCCGCCCAGCCCGCCAGACCCGCCCAGCCCGGAAGGCCCGCCCGACCCGGACAGCCCGCCGUACCCGCCCAACCCGGACAGCCCGCCGUUCCCGCCCAACCCGGACAGCCCGCCGUUCCCGCCCAGCCCGGACAGCCCGCCGUUCCCGCCCAGCCCGGACAGCCCGCUGUACCCGCCCAGCCCGGAAGGCCCGCCCGACCCGGACAGCCCGCCGUACCCGCCCAACCCGGACAGCCCGCCGUUCCCGCCCAACCCGGACAGCCCGCCGUUCCCGCCCAGCCCGGACAGCCCGCCGUACCCGCCCAGCCCAGACAGCCUGGACAGCACGGCCAAUCCGGACAGCCCGCCCAGCCCGGACAGUCCGCCAAACAGAGCUACGUCGAGGUGGCAUCGGAAUCUUUGCCCAACGCCAAUCAACGCUUCAAUCGGGUGACUAUCCGUACUGAUUUACCUGCUAAAAUGAAAAAAGAAAGAGGCCGAUUAGCUUCAUUGGCAUACAAACUCCGCCAUGAAAAGAAACUAGCAACGAGAAUAAGACAGAUUGGAACCAAGAUAUUCUUACAAACUAGGCAAGGCACGGCAAAUAGCAGUGUUCAGCCAAAUUGGGUGAACUGGACUGAAUAG